CAUCAACUUCAAGCUUGGGCAUGUUGCGGCUCCGUGGGUGUUUUUACGCACUUGGCGGCGCGCAUGUGUGGUGACUGCAUCCUUAGAUUGCUUGCACUUCUGUAGGUUAAAAAUACAUGUUAACUCAAAUUCAAUUCCACUGUUGAGUUUCGGAGGACUACACCGUUACCACGGUCCUGUAGACUGCUGACUUCAGUGAGAGAAAACCCACACACACUCUCUCCAUCCCCCCGGCUGAACGUUCACCGACCUGCCGCAAAAGAGAGAAAGAAAGAAAAUCUAUUGGCCAGUAAAGCAUCUUGUUAAAAGUGCAGGUUGAAUUAUAUAAGCCACAGUUAACUGUUAAAUAACAAGCUUACAGAAUCGAUUGGCUCCAGUAUCGAUCCAAACGUGGAGCCAAGUAACCCAACUUUGAUUUGGUGCUGUAUAAAUUGGAAGCAGAUGUUGGCAGCAUUUGUUUGUUAUGAAUCUUCUGCUAAAUUUGAGGGUUUCUGUUCUUUAUAUGAUGAUGAUGAGGGUGGACUGUAUGCACCUAUUAAAAAAAUAGAUCAGCACUCUUCCCUUUAUGAGUUAAUAAAUAAUCCGUGCUCCAGCGGGUCCUUAUUCCAUAUUGUCACAGGAUUUAUAGAUUAGUGGUGUGAUGGGAAUUGUGACCGCCCUGCAAACACAUCUGUAAUAGAAGCGGUUAUCCAAAGAGGUAAUUACUGUUCCCUGGAGCUCAAAUGUCAGCGAGUCUGCCUCGGAGGAGGGAAGGAAGUGUCUUGACUUUUAAGACGUGAGGAAAAACACAUUGAGCUGAUGGGGCGGGGGAAGGGAAAUAAUUCUGGUGUUUUUCUCGAUGAAGGUUAACAGCUAUAGAACCCCAUUUAUUUUGCAGAACACAGCACGUCCGCGCAACACCGGAGAGCCUGUUGCACGCAUUCCGAUCCAGAGAGCCCUCUCAUGCGGCUGAAUCAUCAGCCAGCUGCAAAUGUUAAUUAGGUUUUGUAGUGUCAUGUCAGCGCGCGCGGGGUGCAAGGGCUCCAGGUUAACAGCUUUUCCUUUUUCUCAGCAUGCAAUUCUCGCUCACCUGAUUUUCAAAGAGGUUUGCCAAAAUAACGCAAUAAGUGCGCCGCGAACCCUGCGAGGAGUGUGAUGAAUCGCAAAAAUGAUUCAAAUCGAACAGAAAAGGAAAGACGGUGCGACGCACUUUGCAGCGCGCUUUGUCACACUCAAUCCAUCCCGUGUUAUCUGCGGGUGCACGUGGCUCCAACCACUACGCCCUACAUCUUUCCGUGCAUGAAUCUUUAAUCCCACACCUUCCACCGAGGCCAUCGUGCGUUUUAAGAGAAAUAUUUAACCCCCCUCUCCCCUCCACACACACAUCUCAAAUGUGAGGCACAGCAGCGGCUGUGCACCUUAACUGGGGGUUCAGUCUGAGCUGGACGGCCUGAAGCUCCAAACCAUUACUCACACUGGAAAUCAAUCCACCAGUCAGCUGAGGGACAAUUCAUCCUCGCCGGUUACACGUUCCCAAGAUGCCUGCGGCUCCUCUGCUGCUGCGUGAUUGCUGGUUUUAUGAAGUGAGCUGGUUGCUACAGUGUUUUAUCAAGUGUCCGAUGGUAACGCAACAAAUCACAGAGCCAGCUUUUUAGAUUGACGUAGAACACUGAUUCGAAAACCCGUUGGUUUCAGAUCCUGAGGCAGCUCCACAAACAUGCGUACAUCUUUAUUGUACUGUCCGAUUGUUCCCAAUUUGGCUUACAAACGUGAUUUUGAAAGGAUGACGUGUUAAAUCCGCGAAAUAAAAACGAUGCAUUACUUCUGAUUUGGGUCUCAAAGCUUUCCAGAUAAGUCAAUUUUUAAUUCUGCUUAGGAGUUUUUUAACAGUUUGUUCCAAAAUGGAGUUGCACCCACUGAUUGGUUCUGAUUGACCCUUGGGUCUGUCUAUAUACAUAACAAAGAUGAAUAUAUAUUUGUUCUACAUAUCAACAUAUAAAACAUGUAACAUUUCCUUAUUUGUUAUGAUACAAAUGUAUGAUCUUUUUCUGCAUUUUGCCUUCUUCGUCAAAGGAGUUUGCGAUGAAGAAGAGGGGUUCACCACUUCCAACACUAUUUAGAAGAAAAGGACAACAUAUUUUAGGCGAAAAAAAUGGCUGAUUUUGCAACUAUUGUUAUUGUUAGUACACAAACAGCAGUGUCGACAAAACACAUGGGUUAUUAUAAGACGCCCAAUUAGACUAUCUUUGUGUAAAAUAAAAAUAACGUAUAUGAUGUUUUAACAUUUAUCCUAUUGAGCCACAAAGUUCUACAUGAUUGAUGUUGACUUACUGCACCAGUGCAGGAACAGGGAGAUUUAAACAUAUAGGAAGAUAAAAUGCCUCUCCCUUUCAUUCCCAAUGUGCUGACACAGAGCAGAUAUACAACAAUUCCUUAUAUUAUGCAGACCUCCUAAAACCUUCACAGGACCCCUUUUAUAGGAGCUGGUGUAGUAAAAUGUAAUGGGAUGUGAGUUCAGGACUUAAUGCUAAAACAAAGUGCUGCCAGUGAGGGAGAAAUAGGUUGCACAUUAAAAUGUAAAUCAAAUGGAUAGUGUUUAGGCUUUUAAAAAAUACAUAUCCCCACAUCGCACAUUAAGCGAGGCCCGGGAGAGGACGUAGUGUGGCCUUGAAUGCCACAGGAAGUUUUUCGUCUCACUAUAAAGCCAUCUAUCUGUGUGUAGGCUCGUGUGGGUGUGUCCUUUCGCAUAUCUCCGCACGCGACACGUUCGGUAUUAGUAAACAUUGAAUAAACAAGUGACCGCCUCUCCGUUUAACAGCGGGGGGCGGAGCCUCAGCGCUCUGCAGACUGAUGCCUUUGUGCGUACUCGUAGCUCGCGCGCCACCUGCGGAGGCUCGAGCUACUACGGUGUCACGCAUGUCGACUGCAGCAGCCGUGACCUACAUUUACAGCGCUUCCUUUUGCUGCUGGGUGCUGGAGGUACAGUCUGAUAACGUGACCGAACUCUUCUUCACUUCCCCUGGAGUCAACAGCAGCGGUUAGCUAACAGGAAGCAGAAUGGAAGCCGCGACUUGUUCACGUGUUGUUCCCCCGUGCCGAUCUGCAGGUUUGCCAAACCAAAGGCCCGACCUGCUGUUCCAAGAAAAUGGAGGAGCGGUAUCAGGUAGCCGCACGCAGCAACUUGGAGUCCGGUCUGCAGGUUGUCAGUGCUCAACUCAAACGUCUCAUCAUCCAGAAUGCCGCCAUAUUCCAAGAGGCCUUCGACCUGGUGCUGCGUCACGGCCGUAACUUCACGCUGGCCAUGCUGAAGUCGGAGUUCCCGGGUCUUGGGGGUGGAGCCCAGAGCUCCGUGGGGCAGCUCUUCCUAGACAUGUCGCUCUACAUCCUGGGCUCGGACUCCACGGUGGACCACAUGGUGGCGGUGCUCUACGGUCGCCUCUUCCCCCUGGCCUACCGCCGCCUGCUGGGCGGCGUCGCGUCCGCUUCGUCCGAGGAGUGUGUGAGAGGAGCCUGGAAGGACUCGGGAGCAUUCGGCCCGUAUCCCAAACUGAUGAUGACCCGUCUGUCUCGCUCUCUCCUGGCCACGCGCGUCUUUCUGCAGGCGCUGAACCUGGGCAUCGAGGUGGUCAACACCACCGACCACCUGCGGCCCGGCCGGGACUGCGGCCGGGCCCUGCUGAGGCUGUGGUACUGCCCGCACUGCCAGGGCCUGCUGGGGCCGCCAGCCUGCCGGGGCUUCUGCCAGGCGGUGAUGCACGGCUGCCUGGGGGGAGCGGCCGAAGUGCAGCCGCACUGGAGGAGCUACGUAGAUGGACUGGGGAAGCUGGCCGGUGCCAUGAGGAGGGAGCAGGACAUGGAGGCCGUCGUUCUUUGGCUGCCUUCCAUGAUCAAACAGGCUCUCAAGCACGCCAUAAGCGCCCGCACCCGCCUCACUGCCCUGGUGAGCGGGAUGUGCGGACAAACUCCUCAGCGCGCCUCCCGCUCGGUGGGAUCUCCUCCUCCGUCGCCUCCCGCCGCCUCCGCGGCCCGCAACCCCCGGCCCUCAUCCUCGGACUCUGACGAGACUCUGGGCGGCCUCCGCAGGGAGUUCAUAUCCAGCUUGAAGGGCUUCAGCUCCUUCUACAGUGGUCUCGGGGAGGCGCUGUGCAGCCGUGAGCCCGCUCCCGCGAACCACUCCCUCUGCUGGAACGGGCAGGAGAUGACAGACAGGUUUCCUGGGCCGGGCCUGAAGCGAUCGCACCCCGGCUCCGAGUCCCGAAGCAACAAGCCCCCUGAGCCGAUCAUCAGCCAGAUCAUAGACAAACUGAAACACAUCAACCAGUUGCUGCGGCUGGUGACCGUGUCUGAGAAACGCUGGAGAGCCCGGUCGCAUCGAGGCGGAGGUGGAGGCGGAGCGGACACGUGGAACGAUGAGGGGGAGGAGGGAUUCGAGAGCGGUGACUGCGACGACGAAGAUGAGUGCACCGGAGUGUCAGGGCUGGGCCCGCCGCCGAAGCACAAGCGGCUACGCAUCUUUGCAGACCUGGCCGAUAACCUGGCGAUGGACGACUUCAUCUUCCAGGAGCAGCUGCUGACCCCUCGCCUGGCCACGGCCGGGGCCGGCGGCGCCUCCUCACCUGCUGCUCCGCUGUGGAGGAGCCGCCUGGUCCCGAUGCUCCCCGUGGCGCUCGCUCUGCUCCUGCUUCGUCCCCACUGACCGGUGCAUUCUCACACUCUCUCUCCCCCUAGGAUUCAAUACCAACUCUGAGGAACUGGUUGGGGUAUCUUUUGAGUACGGUUCCCAGUAUAAAGUUCAGUGGCUCAUCAAAGGGAGCGUCAAAUAAUAAGUGCUACAUUUCUCAGCAAGAACCUGUUUUGUUUCAUUCAAAAUCACUGUCGGCCCUCAACAAAACCUGUUAAAGCACACCAGAUAAACCCACGGCGUCGUGUAAAUAACAAACUCCCACUUUGACUUUUGUGCCCUCUUGCCUCGCCUCCUCCCUGCUCUCCUACUGACCUCCGUGUGAAGACGGAGUUGACGGGUGGCCUCGUCAUCACACGGCUGUGUCAUGGACCUGCGAGUGAGGAGCUCCUUGGAGAACAGACACGCAACAGACCUUUUUUAAAAAUGCUCCCGGUCUGCAACGCGUUACUGCCCUGCAGAACCAAGUUGGAAGAAGAAGAAAAAACUUUUGCUACUCUCUUCUGUGGCAGUGACUGAUCUGCUGCCAGGACUGAGCUCCAGCUGGGGAGUUGCUGUGAACUCCUUAUCCCCAGAGGCUGAGGUGAAACCCUUAUUUAAACUUGCACUGUACCUUAAGAUGCCCUGGUACUACUUAAAGCUGCGGUAGCCACUUUAUUCAUGGAGUUAUUGGGCAAAAGAAAUCCAUUCUAAUCUUUCAGCAUUUUGUUAUUCGCCAGGGUAGGCAGGUUUCUGGAAAAGGCAAAAAGAAUGCCAGAAGAAAAAAAUACAGCGCUAAGCCCCUCCCACCAGAGGAGCACGUGCAUACGUACGAGUACUAGUCAUGCAUUUAAACUUUAAUGUUGAUCGUGAUUGGGAUCCCAAGGCCGUUGUUGUCUUUGGAAACGUGUGGGCCUAUGAAGACCUUUAAGAUGAGUUUCAGAGUUGGAGAGAAAAGGAUGCUAAUAGUUUAGCCUUCUGCUAACCGUAGCUGUGAGGUAGGAGCAGGAGGAUAAACAUCGACUCAACUCCGUCUUCCUUUGGUUCGCUGUGCAGUCGUUGGCAGUGCUGGAAUAGCAACAUUCUUUUGCAGGAUAUUCCGCCGUUGAAUCAGGCUUUCACCAUCUGAAGGGAAGUGCACGUGUAUCUGCAUAUGUAGAAGAGCCAAUAGGAACGCCCUCUCUCUGGAAUGACUUGUGAUUGGCCAAAGUUUGUUGUCACGCGCUCGAUUUUCUGAAGCCAGAAAACAAGAGCCACGGUCUAGUUUUCUUCUCAGACCACUUGAAUUAUAAUGUGCUGAAAGGUUAUUAUGUAAUUUUUGCCAAUGACGCCAAAAACAAACCGCCUCCACCAGCUUUACCCCCCCCCCCCCCUUAUCUCUCAUUGUUUGUGUCCUAGUGAUAGCUAAAUGAUCUCAGACUGAUUCCGUCAGCUCAAGUGUUCACACUCCCACCGUCAGUGUUUGCUUUCUAAUGCUGAUUUUUUUAAAGUAACAGCCCUAUAACAACAACAAAAGAUCAUAAAAGCCUAAAUCUCUAAAUCAGCCUGAUGACUGUACAGAUGUUUCUCUGUGUUGCUAUGUUUACAAAAAAAAUGUUUCUUUGAAAUAUUGGCCUAUUUCACAAGACUGUGUGGUGUGUGGGCUGGACUGUGAAGCAUCGCUGUGAAUUUUUGAGCUUUUUCUUUGGCACUGUGGGAAAAGCGAUGAGUAAUGUGAAAUAUAAAUGUGUGUAAUUUACUGAGUUGGUUUGCAUUGAGCUCACAUAUUCUCAAAGUCUGGCCUUUGUAUUUAAUUAUCUCUCCUUCUAUGUUCUGUUUGAAGUCAGAUUUAGUUUGUUUUGUGGGGUGAAAACUGGAUUCCAGCUCCUUUGUUUAGACUGGAGGAGGGGGGGGGGGGUGUUUGGAAAGACACUCAUUUAAAGCUGAAAGUGUAUCCGCUGCCGAGCACAGUCCGAAUAUCCACCCAUCCACCUCUUAGGCGUCCUAAACAGACACACAGCACAAAGCACAGGUGUAACUGAGAACAACAACGGUGGCUCUGUUCCAUUCAGGUGUGGUCCGGUCAGGGAUCCAGCAUGCAGCAGAGUACCCAGAGUGCACCUCAACAGAACGCAGCCUUCAUUCAUGUUUUAUGCUACACCUGUUCUAGUCAUGAGACAUGUUGAGGGUUGAUCAGAACCAAUGCCCAGUCGUAAAAUAUGGUGAUUUUUUGGUUUCAGUUAAAUGCUGAUGAGGAAAUGUAUAAUAAACUAAACAUGUUUUA